AUGACCCUUACUCAAGAGCUCGCAUCUUGGGGCCCUCUCACCCAGCUCGCUAUUGCUUCUCCACCUACAGUGGGCAACAAAGCCCCCUCCGAACCAAAUCUGGUGCACCCCGGCCAGAAUAACGGGAAACCUACCGUUGUCGCGUUCUUGCGACAUUGCGGAUGUCCAGUCGCCGAAGCUUCCUUUCGCAAUCUGCGCGACGCUUCUACCGCUCACCCCGAUAUCAACUUCAUCGCCAUCUCCCACAGUUCCCAAUCCUCCACCGACAAAUGGGUCGAGGCCCUCGGCGGGACGGGCCCGUCGCUCACCGUGCUUGUGGACAGCGAGCGCCAGAUCUACGCGAAAUGGGGCCUUGGUGUGGUUUCUUGGAGCCACGUGCUGAGUCCAUCCGGGUUGAUGGGUAUUUGGAAGUUAGGCAAGGAGAAGGGGAUCUGGAAUCGGCCGACGGAGAGUGGGAGUCGGUGGCAGGCCGGUGGUGCGUGGGCCGUCGACGAGGAUGGAGUGGUGAGGUGGGGCGGGCCUGCGAGAAGGGCGGAUGAGGUGGUUGAUGUUGAGGGGGCUGUGAGGAGUGUUUUGGGGGGGGCAGCAAGUUGA